AUGUCUUCAGCCUUUAUCCCCACUUCUACGUCCGCCAUCGGACAGCAGCCCUUGCCCAGGGGAUUGCAACUCAAGUCAUCUCUGGACAAGUGCUAUAUCAUUGACGAAGUGCUUUCGGAGCGACCUGCCGCUGGGAGGAUUUGGUGUGUAUACCGCGCGACACAUGAUGGGAAGCAGUUUAUUCUCAAGGAUAUCAUCCCAGGCGACUUCGACUAUAUUAUUUCGCUACAGAAACACGUCGAGCGCUCUCGCCAUGUCCGAACAGCUGUGGAUAGCAUUCCUGAGCGGCAUAUGUUCGUCUUCCCCUUUCUCGAAAAAGGACUGCUCCAUGUCGACACCGCAGCUCUUUCUUCGGUCGCCAAAAAGGCCAUCAUAAGGGAUGCUCUUACCGGUCUCGCUGAUCUACACGACGAGCACAUCAUCCAUACCGAUAUCAAACCUACAAACAUCAUGAUGGAUGCUUUCAAACAGCAAAAUGGUAACAUUGAAUGGUGCAACGUCCAGAUCACCGACCUGGAAGCUGCGGUGAUACUUCCGCCCAAAGCCAAGGGCCUCACAGACCGCUUGUCAGGGAAUCACUUCUGGCGAAGCCCGGAGGCUUGGGCUCGGGGAAUCCAGAACACCCCAUCAGACAUCUACUCCUUUGCCAUCGUGGCAAUAUUCACGUGGACAGGGAGCAUGGUGUUCUUUUCAGACAAGGCAAACCGUGCUUACCCCGAGGAGCAGGCGAAGCUGAUACUCAGCCGCCACCUGUCCUACUUCGCCAGCGACGAGGAGGAUUUCGAAGGCUUUAUUGCUUAUCACCAGGGAGAAGAUAAUCCGUUUGUCGAGCGUAUUAAGGAACUUUGCAAAACUUUCACCGAGGAGAAGCCGAGGCUGCCCUUUGGGAGGUGGCAGCAGGUGGACCCCCAGUUCAGGGAUCUCGUCUGCAAGAUGACCUGCAUGGAUCCUUUGCGAAGGAUCACGGCGCGGAAGGCGUUGCAGCACCCUUGGUUUGCUGCAGAAUAG